AUGCUUGUCGCCAACAAGAAGAAAAGCUUCCUGAUGAAACUUCUCAAAUUCGUUGGAAGAGGAAAUCAAGUCCAAUCAUCAAAAUCAUGCCUUGCACAGUCUACGAGCAACGAAAGAAACAGAGACAAAGAUCGUCAAUCAACUCGCAGUUCUCACACAUCGAGCCAAUGCCGACGAUUCUGGAAGAGGACGAAUUCUCGGUGGCAGCCGAGUGCCGUUGAACAACUAUCGCCAUUGAAUAAUGCCGUACACCCGUAUCUCAGUCAAUCAACAGGGUCCUUUCGUCUGACCCGAAACCCAAACCCUCACUGUGUCUAG